GCAGCUCAGAAAAACAGCAUCCAUACCAAAACCAACAGAAUAAUGCUGCGGUGUUGGGAGUUUGUUCUGCUUAUCUCUUGCUUUUUGUGUUUUUCCAGUGAUGCCUUCCAAAGAAUUUCACUCAAAAAAAUGCCCUCAAUCCGCGAAACACUGCAAGAGAUGGGCAUGAAAGUGGCAGAUGACCUUCCUUCUUUGAAGCACCAUAUCUCCUACCUUGAUGAAGGGCUUCAUAACAAAACAGCACCUACCAUACUAACAAACUUCCGUGAUAUGCAAUAUUAUGGUGAGAUAAGUAUUGGAACACCAGCCCAGAUCUUCAAGGUUGUCUUUGACACAGGAUCAGCUAAUCUUUGGGUGCCAUCCCACCAGUGCUCCCCAUUGUACAGUGCCUGUGUCGCACACAAUCGUUAUGAUUCCUCUGAAUCAAGUACAUACAAGCAAAAUGGAACUGAAAUUGUCUUACUAUAUGCCCAAGGAUAUGUUAAGGGUUUCCUUAGCCAGGACAUUGUCAGAGUUGCUGAUAUUCCCAUCAUCCAACUCUUCGCAGAAGCUAUAGCACUACCUUUCAACCCUUUCAUGUAUGCUCACUUUGAUGGAGUGCUUGGUAUGGGCUACCCCAAGCAGGCCAUUGAUGGGGUUAUCCCAGUUUUUGACAAGAUAAUAUCCGAAAGGGUCUUGUCAGAAAAGGUCUUCUCUGUCUACUAUAGCAGAAACUCACAGUUGAACACUGGAGGAGAGAUUAUCCUGGGUGGCAGUGAUCCCUCUUACUACACUGGAGAUUUUCACUAUGUCAGUAUUAGCAGAGAAGGCUACUGGCAGGUUGAUCUUAAGGGUGUUUCUAUAGAAAAUAAUAUAGUAAUUUGUCAUGAAGGAUGCACAGCAGCUAUAGAUACCGGCUCUUCCUUUGUCUCUGGACCAGCCAGUUCAAUAUCUGUUCUGAUGAAAACCAUAGGAGCUACUUUGGUAGAAGAAGAAGAUUAUGUCAUUGAAUGUAAAAAAAUUCAUUUGCUGCCUGAUAUUUCCUUCCAUCUUGGAGAUAUGACCUACCCACUCAGCAGUUCUACCUAUGUUCUCAAGCAUUCAAAAUAUGGGAAAGAGCUCUGCACUUUGGCAUUCUCGGCUAUUGACAUUCCUCCUCCUUUCGGCCCUCUCUGGCUUCUGGGUGCAACUUUUAUUAAGCAGUACUACACUGAAUUUGACCGGCAGAACAAUCGGAUCGGUUUUGCUACAUCGUUCUGACAAGUCCCAUUUUGGAAGAUGCUCACUUUUGAAAGAUUGAACUUUGAAAGAGAAUAGCUUG